AUGGCCGACGCCGGCCUCAGCGCAGCCGCGCUUUUGGCAGAAAUACACUCCGAAUCUCUCCAGUCUCUUCUGGCAGCUGUCUCGACCGAAACUUCCUCGCCAGGUCUCACGCGGAUUCCAGCCCUUGAUACCCACCUUGCCGCGGUGAAUGCACGGCGCACCUUUCGGGAUUGGCCUCUCAACCGGGGUGAUGUCGUCGAAAUACAAGGUCCAGCGACAGCCGGCAAGACGCACUUUGUCUAUCACAUGCUCCUGGAAUGCCUGCUUCCUGACCGUUGGCUGGAUACGGAACUGGGAGGCUGGGGAAAAGCUGCUGUGCUCAUCGACACCGAUGGCAAUUUUAGCAUACAGAAACUCCAUGAACUCCUCGUGUCUCGCCUACGUCGCUUUCUGGGUGAUGAAGAUCCCACAGACGUGACGACUCCUUCUAUGGAGGACCUGGCGACACAACUCUUACAAAAUCUACACGUCUUUCGCCCGACGUCCUCUGCGCAACUGGCUAUCACCCUGCUUCAUCUUCCAAACUAUCACGCCAGUGAACCUCGCCUACAGAAUAAGGAAAUCGGCCUCCUCGCGAUCGACUCUAUGAGCGCCUUCUACUGGAGGGAUCGGUACACCCUGGAACAACUUCGUGAUGCCACCGACAAUCCACGUGGUGCAUCACCUCCCAAUCCACUCUCGCACGUCCUGAAGGCACUUAUCACUUUUCGUGCCUCCCACCGGCCCGUUGUCCUCAUGACGAACUGGGGCCUGAACCCUAUCACGAAGCCUUCCACGACUGGCGCGCCGGGGACGCUUUUCUAUCGACAACACCUUCACCCCUUCCCGGCCCCUUUUGAGCCUCACGGGGCCGCCGAAGCCAUAUCCAGUAUUCAGGCCUCGCAGCCUCGCGAGGCAGACGCACCAACGCAGAACCUCACGACUCGCUCGCGUACACCUCAGCACGCCGCACCACCGUUCCCAUUACAUUACCACAUUACUCUUCACCCAUCACCCAUCGACCCAUUUCCAGCGAAUUUCUCCCUCUCUGACGCGCUACACCACGAAGACAUGCGGGCGGUGCUCGUAAAGAAGGGCGAGAUCAGAGGCUUGGUCAGGACCCCUGGCGACGAUACCGUUGGGGAGUUCACGAUCCGCAUUGGAGAGCGGGAGAUUCUAGUCGAUCCCGACGAGUAG